UCUACUGUCGCAAACUCUAAGACGCCCAAGCGAAAUCAGUUCAAUCCAGAGCACAGGCCAAUCGACCGUCCUUCGUCCACCCGCCUUCGACUGCCACCUCUCUAUCGGAUACCUUGACCGCCAGCCACCGUCACACGCCGCGUCCACCCGCCUUCGACCUCCACCCCUGCCAUUAACCCACGCCAAGCCAGCCCUCGCCCUCCUCGCCUUCGACCGUGCCAUCCCUCGCUGUGUACACCGGUCUUCAACCGCGACUUCCCUCGCCACCCCUCGCCGCCAUCGCCAGUACUCGACUGCCAGCCGCCAGUCUUCCCCCGCCAGACCUCCUCUUCCGUGAAUUUCAAGGCGUUUCUAAAAUGAGUCCAUUCAAAAAUCGUGAGUUGAUGUAUAAGAAAUAUGAGAGAGAAGGUGUUGUUAGUCAAGAAUGGAUGGACAACGUGGUUGAGUUUAUAGAGUACUGUGAGUCAAGUCCCAAUAUAAAUAGGUUGGAUAACAAGAAAAUGCGAUGUCCUUGCAAGAAAUGUAAGAACAUCAAGUUUUGCUCAUCAAAGAAUAUGUUGGAGCACAUUUUGCGGUUUGGAUUAACACACAAUUAUUUCGAUUGGGUAUGUCAUGGGGAGAAUCAUGGUGACUACGUACCUCCCCAACAAUGUAAAGUCCCUUGUCAAGCUGAUGCCUCAGAUGUAUCACAUGUCCCGGGUAGAGAACAGUUUGUACACAUGGUUUAUGAUGAUGUCGGCCCGACUAGGAUCAAUUAUGUUCUUGAAGAAGAGCCGAAUUCGAUAAACAAGCAAUUCUUCGAAAUGUUGAAAGCUGUUGAUACAAAUCUUUGACCGGGGAGUUCAAAGACAUCUCAAUUGUCUGGAGUUGUGCGCUUGUUGAGUAUUAAGUCCUAGCAUAAUCUAUAUGAGCGUUGUUACGACACCAUAUGUCAAUACAUCAAAGACAUUCUUCCGGAGGACAACUCAAUGGUGAAUGGAUUUUCUGAAACUAAAAAGAUGAUUGAAGGUUUGGGUCUUCUGGUCUAAAAGAUUCUUUGUUGUGUUCUUAGAUGCAUGUUAUAUGGGAGAGGCGAUGAAAGUCUUACCGAGCGCAAAUGAAAUUAAAGAGUCUACACCACAGAUUAGUGAAGAAUCCCUGUUGAAACGUGUGGAAGAGACGUUCGCAAAUUGGUUUGAAAAACAUGUAAAGUUCUUUUUUUCUUUUUUUGUGUAAUAUAUGUGAGGUAAUACAUAUGUGCGUGACUAUUUUGGAUUCAUCUUCAGGUCGAGAAUGAUAGAUCUGUCCCGGAAAUAAUCAGUGAUGUGGCCAAGGGUCCCUUAUCAUUUGCCAAGUCAUACCCAAUAAACUUUGUAAACGAAUACUGCUUCCACACAGUAAAACAUGGUUCAAAGCGUACGAUGUACAACAGUGGGGCAUCUAUUAUAGGCGAAUAUGGCGAGUACUUUGGGGUAUUAGAGGAGAUACUUGAAAUUGAGUAUCCAGCUUUGCCACUCCCAACGUUGUGUCUUAUUUAAAUGUCGAUGGUUCGAUCCGAGGUUGAAUCCCGGGACACGAAUACACAAGAAGUAUGGCUUAGUUGAGGUGCUUAAGAAGGGAGAGUUUAACCGAUACGAGCCUUUUAUUUUUGGGUCACAAGCAAACCAGGUUGUGUAUGUGGAAUAGCCUUACACGCAAAAGACUAAGAGUGAUUGGAUUGCAGUGUGCCAGGUUCACCCUAGAGGUAAUUGGAUUGACACAAAAAAUACACUAAAAUCAGUAGACAAGGCGCAACAAGAACCUUUUCGAGCAAAUGGGACCGAGAGAAGCACAAUCAUGGAAGUGACACAAGACGAAGAUAUCAUUACUCUAUCACGUGAGGGAGAUGCUAAUUUCACCGACGAUGAUAAUAACGCUGAAGAAGAGGAUGUAGAAAAAAUUUUAAGCUCCGAUGACUCAAUAGAAGAACAAGACUAAACAGAGAGCAAGGGAAAUUAGAAUGACGAAUGAGCGAUAAUGAGAACCCCCC